AUGUCCCCGCAACGACCUCCCAGAUGGCCACGACCACUAGUCAUCAACCCCCAGACAUUGCCACAUAAACAGACGUUCAUUAUUCUGCACGAUCGGGGCUCACAGGCAACUGACUUCGGUCCAGCGCUGCUGUUCAGACCCUUCCAUCGAUCUCGAAACGCUAGCAAUACUCCGUACUUUACUACACAAUCUACAACAACCUUACAUACGGCGUUCCCAUUUGCGAAGUUUGUCUUUCCUACUGCAUCCAUGUUACGUGCAGUAACUUUUACAGAGAGUGUCAUUAACCAGUGGUUCGACACGCAUUGGCCGUUGACUGAAGACAAUGAGCACAGUUCUCGCAACAGCCUGGAUGAGGAGACUCGCAAGUGGCGCUCUGAGCUCCCAAUCCCGGGGCUCCGUGAUGCUGUGCGAUACAUCCACGAAUUGAUCAAGGCAGAAAUCGAGAUCUUGGACGGCGAUGCUGGCAGCGUCGUUGUGGGAGGAUGGAGCCAAGGGUGUGCAGCUUCACUGAUUUCGGUACUGUUGUGGGAAGGAGACCCAUUGGGAGGCUGGUUUGGGUUGAGUGGAUGGCUACCUUUUGCGGAGGAGGUUAUGAAUGCAGCUCAGCAAGAGGGGGAGGUUGCAGAAAAAUCAUCGCUUGAGAAAGGCAUUGCCACGUUACGCGACAAACUUGAUAUUCCAGCUUCUUCACGGACCGACGACGCCGCAGAACAGAGCUCGUUGGACAUACCCCUAUUCGUUGCACACGGCACCGAAGACAAAACUGUCCCUAUCGCCCUCGGCCGACAGAUGGUGGACAGUCUCAGAGUUCUAGGCUGGAGCAACCACAACAUCCAAUGGAAGGAGUAUCGUAGUCUGGGACACACCUAUUCCGAGAACAUGCUGAGCGACAUGUUGGAGUUUCUGACGGAGCGGCUUGUAUGGCAUUGA